GGGGCCGCUCCACACCGGAAGUACUUUUUCCGGGAUCCGUUUUCUUCUCUCACGACGCUGAAGCUCCUGACAACGAAAGCAGGGGAUGGAGACACAGAGACCAGAUGUCCAGCAGCUUCUGGUGUUGAAAGAAGAAGAAGGGUGCAGCUUCAGUCUGAGUCAGGAGGGUCAAGAACCUCACCUCAAAAAAGAAGAAGAAGAAGAAGCAACCCAGUUCUCCCUCACUCCUGUCCAGGUGAAGAGUGAAGAUGAUGGAGCAACCAGCAGCUGGACUCAACACAUGAAGACAGAAGCUGAUGGAGACACCUGUGGAGGAGCAGAAGCAGCCAGUGACUUGGAUACACCUCUCCUCCCUGACCACCAGAGGUCGCCUUGUUCUGACUCUGACACUGAUGACAGUGAGGACUGGUGGGAAACCAUUAACACUCAGUUACGUUCAAAGUCUGUGGAGAAUACAGAAGUGAUUUCAGUCAGUGAAAAGAAAGAUGCUGUUGUUCACAAAUCUCUGAUCUGCUCUAGAUGCGGACGGAAAUGUCUCUCAAGGUCUGGACUGACAAAUCACGCAAAAUUCUGCGGUGGACCUUUGACUUGCUCAUUCUGUGGGAAAUUCUUUGAAACAAAAGACACCCUGAAUGACCACAUGGCAGUUCACACAGGAGAAAAACCUUAUAGCUGCUCCCAGUGUGGUAAGUGUUUUACAAACAGACUGCUCCUAAAGGAACACAUGAGAAUCCACUCUGGAGGAAAACCCUUUGUCUGCUCUCAGUGUGGUAAUCGUUUUGCACGCAGGAGUUGCCUGACGAACCACAUGAGAGUUCACACAGGGGAAAAACCUUUUGUCUGCUCUCGGUGUGGCCGUUGUUUUGCCAGGAGGAAGUUCCUGAAAGAACACAUGAAAAUACACACAGGGGAAAAGCCUUAUGUCUGCUCUCAGUGUGGCAAUCGUUUUGCACGCAGUAGCUGCCUGACAAACCACAUGAAAGUUCACACGGGGGAAAAACCUUUUGUCUGCUCCCAGUGUGGUAGUUGUUUUGCCCGAAGCAGCCGACUGAAUGACCACAUGAGAGUUCACACAGGGGAAAAACCCUUUGUCUGCUCUCAGUGUGGGAAAUGUUUUGCACGAAGCAGCAAACUGAAUGACCACAUGAGAGUUCACGGCAGUAAAAACUAUUACAGCUGCAGUGACUGCGGUAAAGGAUUUAAACGGCCGUGCAACCUUACUUUACACAUGAGAACUCACACUGGUGAAAAACCAUAUCGCUGCUCCCAGUGUGAUGGAUGUUUCAGGAUGAAGUGUCACCUGAAGUCUCACAUGAGACGUCACUCCAGAAAGAAAGGUGACGUGGGGACUGAAUAACUGAAGCCUGUCAAAGGUCCCACCCUGAACAACAAGAAGAAGAAAUGGCAUCAGCGAUGCAGGACUGAAGGGAAGGAGCCUUGCUUCAGACUCCAGUAUGAAAUGUAUUUACCUAAUGUUAUCUGGGUCUCU